AUGGCAGGGAGUUUUAAAUUUCUCCAAUUUACUAAAAUUUUUGCAUUCUCAUUUUUUGUUUGGAUAUAUCAUCACAAUUAUGAUAGAACUCAUAAUAGUUCAGUUGAUGGUAUACAAGAAUUAAACCAGGCAUUAUAUUUAAGAACAAGUCGAUUAUUAUAUAAGUGUAAUACAGAAAGUGAAUCAAAUGGUGAGAUUUCAGAUAUGAAAACCAAAAAUUUUGAUAAAAAAAACAAAGAUAAUAAACCUGCUAUUUUUAAACGCUUCGACUCCUACUGUGAAAAUAAAAUAUUCGAUAGACUUAAUGCCAUAUAUAAUGUUGAAGAUGACAAAAGUAUUGAACUCAAAACAAAAAAAACAUCAGCAUGCAGAGAUAUCUUUAUAUUGUUGGCUUUACCUAUUGUUAUAAAUCUGUCGUGUGUUGCUACUUCUUCAGCAGUGAGAAAUAAUAUACCCCAAUGUUCAUAUGGCGCAAUAGUCCCCGUUUUUAUAUCUUUUCUCGUGCUUAUAUAUGUUUUUAUAAAAACCUUAAAAUUUCUUAUUUUACAAGAAAAAAAGGAUGGACAUAGUCUAAGUGAUUAUUUUUUAGCUUUCAAAAAGUUAUUUUAA